AUGAAGUUGGUCGUGUAUCUCUAUUUAUCCAUGAUUGUGCUGGGCGUUCAGGCCUGGCCCAGUGUGAAGCGGUCCUUUGAGCUUUUCCCCAACCCUGCGGUGCCGCACAAUGUGCACACGGUCUCAGAUUGCAUGCAUGUGGCCUCCGAGGCAGGUGACUACAUCUUCAAGAAACUCAACCCCCUGAGUUCGGCCCUGAAUCGGGAGGCAGCUCUGCUCGAACUGGAGGCGGCUGGAGCAGCAGCAGCAGGAGUGGGCGUGGUUCCGGGGGAAGGAGCAGGCGGAGGAGGAGCGGCAGGAGUGGGAACAGCAACGGCAGCAGGAGCAGAUGUCCAGGAACUGCAGCCCGAGGUCUGUGGGCUUUAUGUGAUUGGGGAGCCAGACACGAUUGUGGAGAUUACAAUGAAGCACUACGACGCGAACUGCGAGACAGGAGCCCUAAUGGCGUUUGUUGACGGCUGGGAGCUGAAUGGCGAGUACUUUCCGGGGAUUAAAGAUCACCACCGACCGCUGGAGGAACGUGUUUACGAGUUCUGCAACAAUUACAGGCAAUGGCCGCGAGUUAGCAAUAAGAAGUUCUUCCGUUCGAGUCAGAAUGCCGCUUUGCUCCAGUACCGCAUUCCUGUUCGCGGCUCCUUUGUGGCCAACGUGCGAUUCCACAAGAUCACGCAACCCUGCAAUGUCUUGGUCCAGGACACGGCUGCCAUGUACAAGAUGACCAACUUUGGCCAGGCUCGCAACUGCACCAUUUCGGCACUCUUUCCGGCCGUGGUUUCCCUGGCCAGUUUGCGUAUAGGCGGCAAGAGUGUGAGGGCCCAGACCAAGGUCAACUAUGAUUGUCAAUUGCCCAGUGAUCGAUUAGAGAUCGGAGGAUCCUCGGGACUGGAUUCCAUCGGAAUGGAGCAGGCCAGUGCCGUGUGUGGAGCCUCCAGUGACUUGGGUCCCGAACAGGCCCUCUUCUGCGGGGUGAGCACCGUGAGAUUGGUGUCCUCCGGCCGGUUCCAGAACCAGGCGGCCAUUGUCCUGCGAAAGGCCGAUGUGCAGGACAUGGACAUCGCCACGCUCAUCUGUGCGCUCUAAGCUGGAUAGGCGAGCUAGGACCCUCCUGUCCAAAACAAAAAUGUACAUGUUUGUAAAAAUAAGAAUGUGGAAAAAGUAUCCUGAUCAGCGGACAACACCUCCCCGGAACUCCAUCGUAGUGCUUAAACUUAACUCUUAACUUAAUCCAGCUAAUUCGCAAAGUAUUCGACACCCGAGAGGCAUCUUAGGUAAUAUAUAUAUG